GAGGCGGCGAUUUGCUUCUUUUUUUUAAUAGCUAGGGAGGGGGAAAUCGCUGAGUCGGGCGUGGCAGUCAGCCAAUCUUUCUUGUUAUCUCUGGGUAAAUGAAAGCUGACAGCUAGACUACCUUUCUUGUAGCGUCCACAGACAAUUUCCGUCGAUUUGCUGGGUGUAAAAACGUUGAAUUGCGCCUCGAUCCUCGCUGAGGAAAUAUCUUACCGGACGAACGGCACGACACUCCGUUUAAGGACGACAGACAGACAACGCUCAUCAUCGCGAAAUAUAGACGCAGGCAGCAUGUCCACCCCCACUGUCACAGAGUUGAAAGAGCUGAACCCAGUUGACUUCAUCCAGCUACAGCAGUACAUUGACUACUGCAGGCUGAGGGUUAAAGAUGUGCUGAGGGAAUUUGAUGCAGAUGGCAGGCUGGCCCAGCACAGACAUGGAGAGUGUAUCAAUGAGGAAGGCUUCCGUCUCUUCCUGAAGACCUAUUUGGAGGUUGAGGACUUCCCUAAGGAUCUCUGCCAGCGCCUGUUCCGAUCCUUCCAGAGCGGAACCGAACUAGACGGGCAGGACAACGCCAAAGAGGUCUUUCUGAAGGACGUUUCGUGUUACUUCUCUCUGUUGGAGGAUGGCCAGCCCAGAGACAAGUUGGAGUUUGCUUUCAAACUGUAUGACAGAGAUGGCAAUGGAGUCCUUGACAGCUCUGAGGUGGACCGGAUCAUUGCUCAGAUGAUGCACGCUGCAGAUUACCUGGACUGGGAUGUGUCUGAGCUGAGACCAGUGCUGAAGGACAUGAUGACAGCCAUCGACGCAGACAGCAGUAACACGGUCUCUCUGGAUGAGUGGGUGGAAGGCGGAAUGAACAACGUCCCUCUGCUGGUAUUACUUGGGCUGAAGAUGACUCAGAAGGAUGGGCAGCACCUAUGGAGGAUGAAAAAUUACAACAAGCCUGUCUACUGCAAUGUGUGUCAGAGCAUGCUGCUAGGACUGAGGAAACAGGGGCUUUGCUGCACCUGUUGUAAAUACACGGUCCAUGGACGCUGUGCCAACAGAAACCCAGCUCCCUGUACUAGGACCUAUGUCAAGUCUAAGAAAGACACGGGAGUUCCAACCCAUGACUGGGUCAGUGGGAACUGUGACUCUGGGAAGUGUGACAAGUGUCAGAAGAAGAUCAAGAGUUAUCACGGGCUGACGGGCAAACACUGUGUCUGGUGCCACUCCAUGCGCCAUGAUGACUGUGCCUCCCAGGAGCCCUCCGACUGUAACUGUGGAACUCUCAGAGACCAUAUCCUCCCCCCUUGGGCCAUCUACCCUGUUAUGAAGGAGAAGCCUAACAGCAUGAAGAACGGCUCCUCGAGCUCAGCCGGUGACAGUGACCACAACACCACUCCUGACGGAAAGGUGCUUCAGAUUGAUCCGGUCCCAGACACUCAUCCUCUUUUAGUGUUUGUGAACCCUAAAAGUGGAGGCAAGCAGGGAGAAAGAGUUCUGCGUAAAUUCCAGUAUUUGCUGAAUCCACGGCAGGUGUAUAACCUAUCCAAUGGUGGACCUGGACCAGGGCUGUGCUUCUUCAGAAAUCUGAAGGAUUACAGGAUAUUGGUUUGCGGAGGGGACGGGACUGUGGGCUGGAUACUUGAUGCCAUAGAAAAAGCCAAACUUCAAGUGCGGCCACCUGUGGCUGUGUUACCCCUGGGCACAGGAAAUGACCUUGCACGUUGUCUUAGAUGGGGAGGAGGUUAUGAUGGGACGGAUCUGUGUCGGAUCCUGAAGGAGAUUGAGGGCAGCACUCCAGUGCUGAUGGACCGCUGGAAUGUAGAGGUGAUCCUAGAGGACCCCCAGGAGAUGGGUGACCCUGUGCCUUAUGAGAUCAUCAACAACUACUUCUCCAUUGGAGUGGAUGCCUCUAUUGCCCACCGGUUCCAUACGCUGAGAGAGAAACACCCCCAGAAAUUUAAUAGCAGAAUGAAGAACAAGUUGUGGUAUUUUGAGUUUGCCACCUCUGAGACCAUCUCUGCUUCAUGCAAGAAACUGAAUGAAUGUCUUACAAUUGAGUGCUGCGGCACCCCAUUGGACCUGAGUGGCCUUUCUAUGGAGGGGAUCGCAGUCCUCAACAUUCCCAGCAUGCAUGGUGGAUCCAACCUGUGGGGAGAAGCCAAGAAGAGUGAAUCCAAGUCCUUUAUGAAUCCUCAGGAAAUGCCGGAGGUUAUUGUCGACCCUGAAAUCCUGAAAGUCAGUGGACAAGACCUCAGUGACCUGCGUUUGGAAGUGGUUGGUCUAGAAGGGGCCAUGGAGAUGGGGCAGAUAUAUACUGGACUUAAGAGUGCUAUAAGACUAGCAAAAACCUCACAGAUUACAAUCAGGACUAAGAAACCUUUACCAAUGCAGAUAGACGGAGAGCCCUGGAUGCAGCCACCCUGUACGAUUCACAUCACACACAAGAACCAGGCCAGUAUGCUGAUGGGUCCCCAGAGCCGGUCCAGCUUCUUCAGCUCAAAGUAGAAGCCUGCUCCCUGGAUACACGCAGUAACAUGACCUAUAUGCACUUGCUUAUUAUUUUACAUUUGUGAAAUGACUGAAGCAGCUUGGUUUGUGAAACCAGUUGGUAUAUGCAUAUUUUAGAGAAAUAGGUUGACCAACAUUUUAAGAAAGUUCAACACAUAUUAUUUUGUUUGUUCUGCCUCAAUACAAGACGAUAUUAUGAAAACAUUGCCAACUACAGCUGUAUGAUAGCCUUAUAUAUGACUCUGGACAACAAGUUAAGAGCUUUUAGUGGGUUUUAUGUGCCUUUUCCAUCAUUUUUUGCCAAAUUCACCUUAUGCGUUAUCAAGGGGACAAAGACUGCUGGGUUGCACAGUCUAAGAUAUUGGUAUCCGCCGCUUUAAAAGUUUGAGUUAAAUGUUUAUUCAACAAGAUUAUUUUAACUUCAUUGUUAUUACAUUUUUGUAGGAUAAUUUAAAUGUAUACGGUACCAGUCAAAAGUUUGGACACAACUACUCAUUCAAGGGUUUUUCUUUAUUUUUACUAUUUUCUACAUUGUAGAAUAAUAGUGAAGACAUCAAAAAUAUGAAAUAACACAUAUGGAAUCAUAUAGUAACCAAAAAAAGUGUUAAAUCAAAAUACAUUUUAGAUUCUUCAAAGUAGCCAACCUUUGCCUUGAUGACAGCUUUGAAUUCUCUCAACCAGCUUCAUGAGGUAGUCACCUAGAAGGCUUUUCCAACAAUCUUGAAGGAGUUCCCACAUAUGCUGAGCACUUGUUGGCUGCUUUUCCUUCACUCUGCGGUCCAACUCAUCCCAAACCAUCUCAAUUGGGUUGAGGUUGGGGGAUUGUGGAGGCCAGGUCAUCUGAUGCAGCACUCUUGUUCUUGUCAAAUAGCCCUUACACAACCUGAAGGUGUGUUGGGUCAUUGUCCUGUUGAAAAGCAAAUUAUAGUCCCACUAAGCGUAAACCCGAUGGGAUGGUGUAUCGCUGCAGAAUGCUGUGGUAGCCAUGGUUAAGUGUACCUUGAAUUCUAAAUAAAUCACAAACAGUGUUUUUUACUUUAUUUAACCAGGUAGGUAUGUUGAGAACAAGUUCUCAUUUACAACUGUGACCUGGCCAAGAUAAAGCAGAGCACUGUGACUGUCACAAAUAUUUGUAGAGACGGACCAAGGCGCAGCGGAUGUUGAGUUCCACAUAAUUUAUUAUAAAGUGAAACUUAGCAAAACAAUAACACAAACAACAAACCGUGACUACAGAGAUGCUACGUGCACUUACUCAAAACAAUAUACCAUAAAAUACAGGUGGGAAAAAUGCUACUUAAAUAUGAUCCCCAAUUAGAGACAACGAUUACCAGCUGCCUCUAAUUGGGAAUCAUACCAAUCACCAACAUAGAAAACAAAACUAGAACACCACAUAGAAAAUAUAAACUAGACGAACCCCCCAGUCACGCCCUGACCUACUCUACCAUAGAAAAAUAAGGGCUCUCUAUGGUCAGGACGUGACAGUGACACAGACAACAACAGAGUUACACAUGGAGUAAACAAUAAACAAGCCAGUAACACAAUAAACAAGUCAAUGACACAGUAGGAAAAAAAUUGUCUAUAUACAGUGUGUGCAAAAGAGGAAAAAGAGGAGGUAGGCAAUAAAUAGGCCAUAGGAGCGAAUAAUUACAAUUUAGCAGAUUAACACUGGAGUGAUAAAUGAGCAGAUGAUGAUGUGCAAGUAGAGAUACUGGUGUGCAAAAUAGCAGAAAAGUAAAUAAAAUAAAAACAGUAUGGGGAUGAGGUAGGUAGAUUGGGUUACCCUACUCUGCAUCUCACAAAGACAUGGUGGUCGGAACCAAUGAUCACAAAUUUGGACUCAUCAGACGAAAGGACAGAUAUCCACCGGUCUAAUGGUUCUUGGCCCAAGCAAGUCUCUUCUUCUUAUUGGUGUCCUUUAGCAGUGGUUUAUUUGCAGCAAUUUGACCAGGAAGAACUGAUUCACACAGUCUCCUCUGAACAGUUGAUGUUGAGAUGUGUCUUGAACUUGAACUCUGUUGUGCAAUCUGAGGUGCAGUUAAUUGCCCAUUUCUGAGGCUGGUAACUCAAAUGAACUUAUCCUCUGCAGCAGAGGUAACUCUGGGUCUUCCUUUCCUGUGGCGGUCCUCAUGAGAGCCAGUUUCAUUAUAGAAUUUUAUGUUUUUUGUGACUGCACUUGAAGAAACUUUCAAAGUUCUUGAAAUUUUCCGUAUUGACUGACCUUCAUGUCUUAAAGUAAUGAUGGACUGUCUUUUCUCUUUGCUUAUUUGAGCUGUUCUUGUCAUAAUAUGGACUUGGUCUUUUACCAAAUAGGGCCAUCUUCUGUAUACCACCCCUACCUUGUCACAACACAACUGAUUUGGCUCAAACAAUUCCACAAAUUAACUUUUAACAAGGCACACCUGUUAAUUGAAAUGCAUUCCAGGUGACUACCUUAUGAAGCUGGUUGAGAGAAUGCCAAGAGUGUGAAAAGCUGUCAUCAAGGCAAAGGGUGGCUACUUUGAAGAAUCUCAAAUAUACAAUAUAUUUUGAUUUGUUUAACACAUUUUUGGUUACUACAUGAUUCCAUAUGUGUUAUUUCAUAGCGUUGAUGUCUUCACUAUUAUUCUAUAAUGUAGAAUAUAAAGAAAACCCUGAAAUUAGUAGGUUUGUCCAAACUUUUGACUGGUACUGUAUCAAAUUUAGUCAUUGAAAGUCUAAAAUUGUCCAGGAUUUGUUAAGUUAUGAAAUGUUUAAAAGCUCAGUGCAUAAUGCUUGUGGUAAUAUACCCACAUCAGUGCAGAUGUAUAUCUAAUUAUUAUGUACUCUUGUCAGCAAGAAACUCUUUGCUCCUGUGGCCAAACGUAAUAUAAUUGUUUUAAUAGCAGUAGUUUAAUUCAGUAGUUUUAAUAUAUUGAGUGACCGUUUGGAAUCGAAAACAAAUUGUUUACUUCCUCCUCUCAAUGUAAGGUCUCAGUUUUCUCUUAUUCGGUAUCUCUAAUUGAAGGUUAGCCAUAUAAUUUCACUUAAAUACUGAGAAUGUUGAAAAUAUUGGAAGUGAUGCUAUAGUUAUUUCAAUAAACCGAUUUGACAUUG